AUGCCCUCAGACGGUAGCGAAAGCCGGCUCUCGAACACGCCUUUUGGCGAGGAGCAGAAGAAGCUUAUGACACUCGUUAAUGAUCUGUCGUCCAUGGGCGCACAAGCUGAGCUCGACCUGCCCAGUAUAGCAGUGAUUGGCAACCAGAGCGCAGGAAAAUCUAGCAUUGUCGAAUCCAUCUCAGCCAUCAAAGUUCCUCGUGACGCCGGCACCUGCACGCGCACUCCCUGUGUGAUUCGUCUGAAGUCCUCCGCUGAGCCGUGGUCUUGCCGGAUCAGCCUGCGUCGCGAAUUCAACGAACAGGGAGCAAGGCUGAACGACAUUACCGAGAUACCGUUCGGCACCUUGAUCACAGACCCAGAUGACCUCGAACAGAUGCUACGUCGGGCGCAGUCCGUACUGCUGAAUCCGACCAUACCAACCGACGAGAUCCUCAGCGCGACGCCGGAAGUCCUGAAUAAGGGCCUGUUUAAGGGCUACCCGAAGCAGCGCAAAUUCUCUCGCAAUUCCAUAUGCCUCAAUAUCUCCGGGCCUGAAGUGACCGAUCUUUCCUUUGUGGACUUGCCUGGAUUAAUCCAGAACGAGGAUCACGAGGUGGUUAGCCUUGUGGAAGAUCUAGUGAUGUCGCACAUCAAGAAAGAGAACUGCCUGAUACUAGUGGCUCUCCCGAUGACUGAUGACCUCGAAAAUCAGAAGGCGCUUCGUCUGGCUCGCACGGUCGAUCCUGAGGGUCGUCGGACCAUCGGUGUCCUCACAAAACCGGACGUGCUUGGCAAGGGAGCCACCAAGAUGAGGGAAUCGUAUCUUGACGUCGUGGAGGGACGCUCACAUCCGCUUCGUCUUGGCUACUACAUGACACGUCAGCCAGAUGAUGACGAACGGUCUAGGAAGAUCGCGUUCUCUGAGAUGCGGGAUGCCGAGGCCAAGUUUUUUGCGGAAACUUCUCCAUGGUCGACAUGCAUUCUCAAGGAACGCUUCGGGAUACCCAACCUUGUGGCGGCAUUGAGCGGUCUUCUGAUUCAGCUCAUGAAUGACACGCUACCGAGUCUUCAAGCGGAAAGCCUACGAUGUCUUGAACUGUGUCAGUCUCAGCUCGAACAGCUACCUCCAGCGACGGAAAUAGCACCUACCGCCCAGCUCAUGGAUCUCGUCGUUGGCUUUUGUACGGACAUAAAGCGCAUAGUGAAGGGGGCCCCUGAUACGGUCACGUUGAUACACCAGAACCGCGACGCUUAUCACGCCUUCAGGCAGUCUAUUCUGAACACAGCCCCUCGAUUCCAACCUUAUGUGGCCGGCAAUAUGGGCAUACCCUCGUUCGAAUUUGGAAAGCCGUCAUCGGGCUCCGGCAAGCAGCCAGCUAAUCCGGCGGAAGACUUGAUCGCCGAGAUGAAGGACGUAUAUCUCGACGAUGUUCAUCGCUCCCUCGCCAUGUCUGUCACCCGUGAACUUCCUGGAAAUAUACCGUACGAAGCGAAGGUGAAGUUGAUUCAGGCGUACCAAACCGCUUGGAAGAGGCAUGUGCACUCGUGCUUUGACGCGGUUCGUGCCAACAUGCGCAGCACGCUUGACGAAUUCAUCAAGUCACAUUUCGGUCGGUACUUGCGCCUCGCCAGCCAGAUGAGGUCGCACGCCAAUGAGCUGGCAAAUCAGUGUGCCGAUACUUGUCUCGCUUCCCUCCUGGCUAUCGUAUCCUCCGAAAUGGUUCCGUAUACACUCAACACGGUAGACCUAAAGUCUAAUUCAGAUCACUGGCUGUCUAUAUACCAAGGCGUCCGUUCCGGGAAGCCCGGGCUCGAGUCUUUGUAUGGGUUUCAUUCGCCGUCUAAGAAGGCCCAAACCGGGAGCACCGAAGCAUCGUUCACAUUUGGUGGUCCUAAACCUGUUCACAAUGACGAAACGACUCCUGUUGGAGGUCUAUCCGCCUUCAAGUUUGAUUCUCCACAAUCUCAAGGCAGAUCGGCGGCAUCCACGCCGGGCACCCCAUCAAAGUCAGACUUUGCCCCGAAGCCCAUCAUACCUAUCAACAAACACAGUUCAAAUAUCACUGUGUCGCAGCAACCCCUCGAGAAAGCCCCCGGAGCUGAUGCUCCGAAGCCACUGUCUGAUACCGCUAUCAGCGUACCUGAUCCGUACGAAACCGAACUCAGAACGAUGGCGGAGGUCCGUGGCUAUUUCGACGUAUCCCAUAAGCGCUUCAUCGACAUCAUUACUAUGCUCAUCGACGGCCUCUUCGUGCAAGGUGUUGCCAGUGCAAUGCAACAUCACAUUAUUCGCAAGCUAGAUUUCGGCAGCACUGACACUUCCGCUCGCUUCGCUAGAUAUCUAGCCGAGGAACCCAGCAUUGUGAAUAGGCGGGAGGAACUCAUGAGCCGCCAGCGGCGUCUCCAGGGCGUUUUGGCACAAUUGGACGAUUUCGGUAUUUGA